GGUGGACCGUAGCGACAGACGGGCUGUAACGUUAACGCUGGACGGUUCCUCCCUGCGGCAGCUGAACUUGCUAAAAGGUUUAUUUACCGUGUAACUUACCGGAGCAGUUUUACCGCCAACAUGUCGCACACCGUCAUCACCACCACGACGACCACCAGGACGACCGGCGACGGCUUCAGCCUCAACACGGGCUACACCCGCACCAUCCCGGGACUGCUCAAGAUCGGACAGAUGCUUGCUUUGCUCAUCGCCUUCCUGUGCGUCCGCUGUGUUCGGGGUUGGCCCAGCUGGGCGGCUUUCCAGUACUUUGAGGUUGUGGCGCUGUGGUUCCUCAUCGCCUUCCUCAUCUUCUUCCUCAUGCACCUGUUCAGGCUGCAGGCGAAGAUGCCAUGCAUCAACUGGCCGCUGACGGAGUUUUUUCAUUACUCCGUCGGGACCGUCCUCAUCCUCAUCGCCUCCAUCGUGGCCGCGGUGAAUAACGGAGGAGUUUCUGCCCUGGUGGCCGCAACGGUGUUUGGGUUCAUAGCGACUUUCCUGAUGGCCGUUAGUUUGUGGACGUCUUACAGUGUGACCUGUGGCCCUCAUCAGACCGGUGCAUCAGUGUAAAGAAGCGACCCGUCUUGUAGGAACCCGGUGGCUGUGUGUGCAGUUUGCUGUGUCCUGGUCAAUUUUCUGCCUAGCAACCACCGGGAUAAUAACCUGAUUGGAUUAUAACUCAUACUGCAGAGGUAACAGAAGUGCUGAUCCAGGACCAGCUGUUGUUUGCAACAAUCUGAAACGUAACCAUCAUCACCCGAUCGUCAUGGUAACACCCCGAGGACAGUAGUGUCAUUAUUACUCAGAACACAUUUUUAUUCCUCAUUGAAUCUUAUCAAACCUCUGAAGCCACAGUUCCAUGUUAAAGGUGCUCAGUGUCACAUUGAACCAUCGAUUGUAUCAGUCACACAUUUGGUAGAAUCAGUAUCAGUCGGCUGGUAUUGUUCUCACAACUACAUUUCCCAUCAUUCCUGCUGCUCCUCCUCACUUUCCCGCCUGAAAAGCGUAGACAGGUUUAGAAAUGUUUUUUUCUUUCCAUGAGCUUUUCUCAUUCUUCCGCCGUCAGCGAUCAAAAGUGUAAAGAAGCUUUUUAGAAAAGUUUAAGCUGCGUUAGCUUUAAAAGAACAGCGCCCCCUUCCUGUCGUGUGCCAUAAAGCAAUGCAGACGAUUUCCCUCCAAAGUCUCACGGGUCUGAGCGCAGCCACAGUGUCUCUGUGUCGCCGCUUCGUCGCAUCUCCUCAGUGGUUUACAGUAUCUUGCUUGAUUUGCUCGAUUCGUUUUAAAAGUUCAUUUAUUCCAACUUUUUUAUUCUAUUUUGAAAAUUCCUCAAGCUUAGUAAAAGCAGUCUGGACGACAGACGUGUGACGCCCUUUUUUACAAUCACAUCAACUGAUGCACAGUAUAGCCCUGUUAGCCUGCUAUGCUAAUUUUGCUAGCACACUCAAAUAUUUAUAAAGUCUCAUUUUACAUACUUCCAAACUCAAAAGUACCUGAUGGUUCAUGGUCAAAAAGGGGAGUGGCCCUCAACGGUCUCCAUCUUGGCUACAUAGCAGAAAGGGAGGGGCCACCAACGUAUUUUCAAACUUGUGGAUGGGGUGGCUGAGGACGGAGGACACGUGGUUGGCGGCACGACUUCGCAUGAAACACGGUGCACACACAGGAAAGUAAAACUUAAUUUUUCAGUCACGUGAGCAAAGAUGGCGACGGAAAGUUUUGUGAGCGACAAUCGUGGUCACGUGUUUUGAUUGUCAUUCCCGGUGUGUACGCAGCGGCAGUGUUUGAUUUGAGACUUCACUGUCGAGAUUCACGUAUUACACAUGUGGGUGUACUGAAUACACAGAGUACUACAUGUGAGUGUACUAAUGGAAGUAUGUGAAUUGGGACUCGUCAUCACUCUGGUGUGCUAACAAACAUUAACAAGCUAAUAUUUUACAGAAAAUAGCUUGCAUGCUAAUGACUUUGUUAGCAUGCUAAAACAUUACUCAGGGGCUAAUACUUACGUGUGCUAAAGAACAACAGCAUGCUAAAGAUUUAUGUGAAUUCAAACAAUGAAAAAGAAAACAUUAGCAUGCUAACAAUGCAAACACAAAAACCAAGAAAAAGAAAAACUUUGUUUGGUGAUAAUCUAUAUUUUUCUUAUUGUCAACACACUUCAUGUGCAGAACAAAACUAACAGUGAGUGGAUCAAAUGUGCCCCAAAUACUGUGGAUUAAUCCGCCACUGAAAAUAGUCCCCAACAAAUGCACUAUUAAGUAGGUUUGCCAAAAACGACCGUGCCCAGCUGUUUUCAGAACCUGCUGACCCUUUUUUAAAUAAUUAAAAGCUAUAUAUUUUUGAUUAUUUUUUUAUGUCUUUAACCAAUGGGCUUGGACCUGAGAGCCACAGACAAGAGAAGGGAAGUCAGAGAGUGAGAGACGGACUAACACACUGUUGGGUCGAGUCUGCACAUGACUCUUGUUGAUGAUAUCAAAAAUCUAGACUGAUGCCAGAGACAUCCUUCAAAGCGUGAUUUCACUGCUGUGUUAAAAACAAAGAAUGUGCCAUUAGUUUGAGAUAUGAACCUUUACUGAACGAACUAAAGCUUGCUCUCUCUGGGUGGGGCAGGAAGCAUCACAUUAACUCCGCGGUUAGAGUUCAGAGAACAAAUCAAUUAGCUGUCUGCUUCAGCCAUUAGCUCAGUAUCAGAGGAGCUGCCUUUAUUACACUUUCACUACGAUCUACGGUCCGUGCGAUUGUCCUUGGUGCUUUUAAAAACAACUAUUAAUCAUUUGAAUUUAAAGUCAAUCUCAGAAAGAAAGCACAUGCCAAACAGAGACAGUUCCAUGUGAAGAGAAAACAGGAUCAGGAUUUCUACGGAGUCUGACGGGGGUCAAAUCAUGGAGACAAGUACUGAUGUGGAAAUUAGUUUGCACACGUUCAUGAACUUAACUCACACAUAACAAAAUGUGCAUGGAUUCAUAAAGAAUAUGUGUAAAAUAAUAAAAAUUACGGACAAUAAUGAAUAGCGAAAAACGUACACGUGAAUUUAUAAAGUUUACAGAUUAAUAUGUGCGUAUGGAUUGAUGAAAUGUCUGAGCCGAUCAGACACAUUUAAACGGAUUGGGAUUAAUAACGUGAACACAGAUCAACAAAACAAAGAGAAGGAUUAAUAAAAAUAUGUUUGAUAAAACGUAUGAUUAGUAAAACGUACAGACAGAUAAUAAAAGGUAAAAGGUAACAUUAAUAAAAAUGCAUGAUUAAUAUAAUGUACACGGAUCAAUUAAUCUACACACAGAUUAAUUAAAGGUAUGAACGUAUAAUCAACCAUAUGCAUGAAGAGAUAAUAAAAUGUACAGACGUUAAUAAUUAACUACACAUGGAUUUAUUCAACAUACGUAAAAAGGAUGAACUAAAACAUCCAUAUGGAUCAAUGAAUUGUAUGUACAGAUAAAACAAUGCAUGGAUUAAUCAGGUGGCUUUCAAAAUAAAAGUUGAAAGUAUAAUUGAAAAUGUUUAAAAGUGAAAAAAGCAUUUAACUGUCAGCAGCUAAUGAAUGCACAGACUAAUAACGGGUCAGAGGAAUAGUGAAAUACUAUAAAUAUCUGGUGUGUUGCACUUCAUAAAAACAAGUCACAGCAUGUUUGCUUUUGUACAAUUCUCUGACUGUUGAAGCACAAAUGUGUCUGAAAAUACCUCUCCUGGCCUUUACUGCAUGUUGUAGUACUUUCACUAUUCGUCUGACUGUGAUUUUUAACCUGUGCUUCCAGUUAGUGAAAGAUAGAAUAACAAAUUAUAUAUAACCCUUGAAUCUAUUUAAUCCACCUAGACCAUUAUUCAGAUUCUUACUUUCACUUCAUUAAUAUGUGCAACUUAUUUUCCACAUCACAUGACCCCCGGCUCCGUAGUUUUCUGACCAAUCAGUGGAUCUGGGCUGUUAAACAGAAUCUACUGAAUAAUACACCGAUGCUUUGGUGCAGUGGAUUAAAACCAAGUUGUUUUUAGUUCUACAAACAUUUCUGAUUGACCCAACAUUUAGUUGAAGUGAAAGUUGUUACUGCUGCAAACUUGAAAGGUCACAUAAACUAUUAGCCAUGUUAAAUUAGCUUGUUUAAGCUAAAUAAGAUAUAUAAGCGUGUUUUUACUGCAAAACCCUUUUCUCACUCGUCUGAGCACAAAUUGCUGUAAAACAACUUUGUGUAAGUACAAAAAAUAAAACAAAAGUCAUUUAAUUAAUCAUUAUCUAAUCAUUUAUUAACUGAUAAAGAAAAGGGACCAAGAUUAUGAAUCUGACAUUUGUUGCCACCUUUCAGUACUUAACAGUUAUCAAUACUCUGCUACGGACACUUAAAAGUAGCUAGUCAGCUAAUGUUUACUCCUCAAAGUUCAUCAGCUAGCAAAGCUUAGCUUAUCACCAACAGUGAUCUUUUGUUUGGGGAAUGACAUAAAACAACUUUAUAUCAUGGCAGAACACUUUGUUGUUAAGUAUUUCUGCUAAUAUUAGCUCUAGCUAACAGGUUUACGUUAGCAUGUCUUGCUUGACCUAAGUUAAAAAUUGCUAUGCUAACCUAGCAACAAAAUCUUUGGUGUAAAACAACUUUGAAUUACUGAAUUAUCCUUUUUACUUCAGGAGUUUUCUAAUUCAGUUUAGCAUUAGCUAAUAUGCUAAUUCAAUAUUCCAUUCCAUAUUGGCCUUAUUGUUAUUAUCAAGGUGAUCUUACCUGUUAGCUAGGAUAACUCUUUCAUUUAAUCACUUUAAACUGAAUUAACCUUUAUGUUGCUGACUAGCUGUAAAUAUUAGCUUCACUCUCGUCCUGUGGCAGAAGGUGGAGGAAAGAUUUCACUGAAAGCCAUUUAACAUGUAUUUAACAUGUUUCAGCCAUUGGAGUUCAGCAGUCAGCUAACCUACGGGAAAAAAGCAGAUUUAGAUUUAAUCAACUGAUUGUUUGUAGAACUAAAAGUCAUAUCCACAGCUGUUUUCCUCUGGCUGCUGGAGCGGGCGUUCUCUGUGAUUUUAGUGUGAAACUCUCCUGCCGUUUCCUGUUUCCAAACUAUUGAUGAUGUGAAACUGAAGUGUGCUUUCAGUCAGAGACGUUCAUCCUCAGAUUACUGCCUUACUGUCGAUCAGAUGCCAAAAAUCUCAGUGCGAUGCUUCAGAUUUUCACUGAAUGUGUCUUUACAUUUCCUCUGGAGCAGCACAGAAUACACAACGAAGGAUUUCUGUCUAAUUGGAUUAAAAUUGAAUGUUUCACUUUGACUGUGACAUUUACUGGACAAAUUCUAAUGGAUUUAAAUACAGAUUAUUGUCUGUUGUCUUCUGGUGCUUCGCUUGAAGCCUCUACACACUGUGUGAUGAGAGUCCAACUGCUUCACUCAGAUUAUACAACCUGAAUCAAGUGGCAUCAGAUUGUGCCAUGAAUGUCUCAUGAAUAGUAGUGGUACGAUUACAGCUGAAGUGAUUGGUUAAUUAAUCGUAAUUUUGGAUUAUUUGUCAAAUACAAGAAGCUACUUGAACGCAUCACAAGGCUGUUUGAUAUUUUAAUGGUGAUGUAAUGGACAAAACAAAAAGAAAAAGCAUCAGCAGAUUAAUCAAUAAUGAAAGUAAUCUGUCAUUGCACCUCCUGGAAACUGAUGUGUAUAGGUUAAUUUUCAAAAUAAAAGACAGAAAUACUGUCUCUUUUUUCUAAAAUCAAGACAAAUAAAAAAAAUAAUACACUUUGUUCAAAUGGAUUUGACACAGAUCACAUGACCUGACCCUGAACUGCUCCGCUAUCUGUUAAUUACUGUGAUUUUACAACAUUACUAAUCAUAUUUAUCUUUUCACAAAUUCUCCAUCUUUGAUGUUGAAUCCAAAAUAAUUCCUCACAUUGUUUUUCACGCAGUUUAGUCACAUGAUCGUGAACGCACAUUAAUGACGAGAACAGCCGCAUCAGUAGACGCAGAUGACCCGGUGUGACUGACGUCCUGAUCCUGUCUCAGCAGCAGAGACAGUGACGUCCUCACAGCGUCAAACUGGAGCCUGAAGCUGGAGGACGUGUCUGUCGGGUUGAAGAUUUGAACCUGCGACAGACUCACACAGUGUGUAGGUGUUCACAGUGUCACGCCCUGAGAGGCAGCAGCUGUUUUUGACCAAGUCAAACUGCUGCUUUUCACUUUGACACGAUUUACGUUUGUUUAACGGCCAGAUGUUGAGCUGGGUGUUUGCUGCUUCACCGUUUGAUUUUGGGUCCUGACCAGUUUGAAGCUUUAUUUCCUGAUACCACGUCAGCUGACCGCACCUGAUGUCAUCGAACAUCCGGAGCUAACGCACUCGUCACUUCUUGCUCAUCACUGGACAGAACAACGUCGAUCUUUAGAGGUUGAGUUCGCAUGCUCUGAUGUGUUUCCAGGUUUUGUAUUUCUAUCGUUGAACUUUUGAUAAACCAAGUGUUUCCAUCACUAUCUGCCCAGUUUACAGUUUUGGUAUUGAACUUGGAUAUUUUUCAUUGGUCCAUCCCUUUUGUUUUGACUCUGGAGCUGGUUUUUAUUCUGAAUGUGUCCAUCAGAGACAGCUGGUGUCCGUCCACUGUCCUCUGAUCAGACGUUCUCUCCGGCUCCGGCCCAGAAUCCACUCUGUUUACAUUAUUUAUUUUGGCAUGUUUGUAUUCUCUGAUGCUUAAUGAUGCUAAUCUCACUGAUGCACAGUGACCUGAUGGAGAGUCGUGUGUCCACCGGGAGAAACGGGAUGCUGGUGAACGGUCUGUCGUUUGGUGGCUUUAAGAACUGAUCCAGGAUCAGGACCAGCCCACAGUGUGUUCUGGACCUGAUCUGGUAAUAAAAGGUGAUGUGCUCUGUAGUUAAAGAUAAUGAUGAUGAUAACUUUAUUUAUGGAGCACCUUUUAAUACAAAGACACAAAGUGAUUUACAGUAAAAACAAUUAAAGUAAUAAAAUCCAGUUGGAUUUCUUUCUUGAUUUGUAUCGACUGUGGAGACGAAGAGACUUUCCUCCUCAGAGAGAAUCAUGUUUUUGAAAAAUUGCUCAGCAGAUUUCGUCCUCGUCACAGAUCUUAGGACCUGAGCAGUCGUGGUCCUGUGAGGUGUGUGUUCAGGAUUCACUUCUCAGUCCUUUACACAGCACCGGCCCGGUGGACUCACACACUCUGAUCGUUUCUUUAGAUUUUCCUCCAAAGUGCCUUAAUGUUGUGUUGAAGUACUGAUCGGUCCUUGAGCCGCUGUCAGUCAGCUGAUGGAGCCGGUUUAAAGAUGGCGGCGUGUGUUGAGGUUGGUGCUGCUGGAGAGAUGAAGUGGUUUUAUUCUACUGAAGAAGAGAAGAUGUCCACACUGUUAAACGUCACAUCACAAAGAGCUCACAUGACUUGUGUUGUUUUCUACUUUUUUUUAAAAGUGUGUUUAAACUAAAGUUGUGAUUUGUUGCAUGUUAUAAAUUAAAGGCUCAUGUCACCGUU